CGCAUAGUACACCCUGAUGCACGCAUAAUUAUGUUUUCAGGCAUGACGCGAGUUUCGCAUAGACCCGAAGUUUUCCUCAAUGUCCAAGGCAUAACACGACGGGCACGAUGUACCUCGAUUAUCAAGAGAGGAGUCCAGCAGCAAGCUAGGGGCUUUGCUACACCAAUGAGUUCCAGGGUGUGCACAAGAUGCCUUGCCGGCAAUGGGGUCCGCGCAAGACAGCUUUCCCAAGUUGAAGCCGUCACCAAGCGUUUUCUCCAUCACCAAACGCCUGUACAAGUAUCCGCAUACAAGCAGGCCAACUUGUCUCCCUCCACACCACGUCCCAGAUCUAAACCACAAGAACCUGAUCCCAAGGCCAGAAAGGCAACAUAUAUCAGAUCCGCCACGUUCACCCUGCUUGGUGCCGCCCUUCUAACCACGGGCUACCUCGCCUACAGCUCCGGCAUCGAAGAUGAGAGCCUCAACACCACCAAGUUCACCGACUUCAACAUCAUCUCCAAGGAGCAAAUCUCACACACGGCCUUUGUACUAACCAUCCGCUGUCGCGAUACAACAAACGCCAAGAACCUCGCCAAGUACAAGGCCGCCUGGGAGCACGGCCUCUGGUCCGUCGAGAUCAAGCAGCCGCAGCUGCAAAUCGCCCGGAAUUAUACUCCGCUACCGCCCUUGAAUUCCGCCGAUGGGGAAACGGGCGAGCUCCGCUUCUUAAUUCGGAGGAUGGACGGGGGUGAGAUGUCAAAUUACCUCUCGAAAUUAAAGGUUGGAGACAAAGUAUGGCUGCGCGGGCCGCAUUAUGGGUUUGAUAUCUCGAAGAGGCUAGGGAAGGCGGGAGAGGUGGUUUUUCUGGCGGGUGGGACGGGCAUCGCUCCUGCUUUGCAGAUUGCCCAUAAGCUACUGGAUGGGGCGAGGACUGGAGAUAAGCCGUCGAUUCAUAUUUUGUGGGCGAAUAGAAAGAGUGUCGAUAGCGUGGCUCGCGAGGAGUUGGCUGGGAAAGUGGCAAAGACAGUGAAAGACUCCAAUUCCCUAGGGUAUCUUUCGAGGUCUUCGCUGCAUGACCAGAUAUUGGAUUCGAAGAACCGACAUGGCGACAACUUGAGUCUGAGCUACUUUGUCGACGACGAGAAGACCUUCAUCGGACUGAAAGACAUCGAUGCGGCCAUGGGCGGUUCUAUUUCUUCGAGGAAAAUAUCCAAGUUGGCGCCAGUGGACCAGAAUUGCCGGUGGCAUUCGCCCGCCAUACUCUCUGCAUCCACCGACGAAGAGGACGCACUGCAGGGCACAGCCAGAGACUGUGCCUGUCCGUCCAGAAGCCCUACCAGCAGGGGACGGAACAUUUUGUGUGUCUCGGGACCCGACGGCUUCAUCCAGGCUUAUGUUGGCCCGAAGCGGUGGUUCGAAGGAAGAGAGAUACAGGGUUCGGUCCAAGGGCUAGUGUCCUCCAUGAAGACAAUGAGUAAAGGGGGCAUGGAUGACUGGCUUGUAUUAAAACUGUGACAGUGGUCGAGCAUAAGCGAUAUGCCUGGGAUAUUGUAGCAUAUCUGUGUAUAUUGACCUGUAUUACAUAAGACGUUGAGUCAAGCUAUGUUGGAAUAAUAAGACUCGGAAUGAUAACUAGAUUCCCACCAUAAAUUAAAGAUCGGCUAAUAGCUGCAGACUCAUAUGAAACAUGUUAAUUAUAUUUCAAAGUUAUGAGUACUCAUCAGUACCACUUUUGAACAAAGAACAUGGGGUUUUCAGAUAUUUAAUCAUGAAGAGAAGAUAAUCA